AUGGGGCUGCUGUCGAACCGAGUGGAGCGGUCGGAGAUCAGGCCCGGCGACCACAUCUACACCUGGCGGGCCGUCUACGCCUACUCCCACCACGGUAUUUAUGUUGGAGGGAGCAAAGUGGUCCAUUUUACACGAAAGAAAGAAACUGAAAGUUCAGAUUCAUCAGACUCCACCUCCAGCCUGAUCUCAGAGGUUCCAUCAGAGUGCCCAACAUUCCCUGAUUGUGGAUUUCAGCUGCCCAACAGUGAUGUUGUCCUCACUUGCUUGGACUGUUUCCUCCGCAAUGGUUCUCUCUAUUGCUUCGAGUAUGGAGUGCCAUCUGCGGUUUUCCUUGCAAAGCUUCGUGGGGGGACCUGCACCAUUGCCGAAUCAGACCCACCAGAGGUUGUUGUCCAUCGAGCGAUGUACUUGCUUCAGAAUGGUUUUGGAAAUUACGACAUGUUUGAGAAGAACUGCGAAGACUUUGCACUCUACUGCAAGACUGGGCUUCUACCAGUUGAGGAACCUGGCAUUGGGACUAGUGGGCAAGCUUCUUCUGCCAUUGGUGUGCCGUUGGCAGCUCUUCUGUCCACUCCGUUUAAGCUUCUGGCUGCUGGUCCGCUUGGAAUGGCCACUGUCACAGCUGGGAUGUACUGUGCUGGCAGAUACAUUACUGACAUAGGAGUAAGGAAGGACGUAGCAAAAGUUGAAGUGGAGAAAUUGUCGUUGCACCCUGGUUUCCACCUUAUUGAAGACGAAGAAUCAGUUAACAAGCCAUCAGAAAAACCGAAGACCUUGCUCCCUAUGAAGAGGAAACGAGAAAGUCUACUGCUACAAUUAACAACAGUUAUAUUCUUUACUGAUCUGGGAGGUCACCGUAUCUGUAGUUACUCGGUACGGCAAACUGCCGACAAUGUUUUCAUCAGCUUUGUUCAUGAAACAUCCGGCCAGAGAGCUUUGUUCAGGAAACAUCUGGCCAGAGAGCUUUGUUCAGGAAACAUCCGGCCAGAGAGAGACGACAGAUCGGUCGGCGUCGGCCAUGGCGAUCGGCGGGGGAGCAGGAGGAGCGUGCUGGUGACGGGCGGCGCCGGGUUCAUCGGCACGCACACGGUGCUGCGCCUCCUGGAGCAGGGCUACGGCGUCACCGUCGUCGAUAACUUCCACAACUCCGUCCCCGAGGCGCUCGACCGCGUCCGCCUCAUCGCCGGCCCCGCGCUCUCCGCCCGCCUCGACUUCAUCCGCGGGGACCUGAGGUCCACCGAGGACUUGGAGAAGGUGUUCGCUGCCAGGAGGUACGACGCCGUCGUCCACUUCGCCGGGCUGAAGGCCGUGGGGGAGAGCGUCGCGCACCCGGAGAUGUACUACGAGAACAACCUCGUCGGCACCAUCAACCUCUACAAGGCCAUGAAGGAGCACGGCUGCAAGAAGUUGGUGUUCUCGUCGUCCGCCACCGUGUACGGCUGGCCGGAGGUGAUCCCAUGCGUCGAGGACUCCAAGCUGCAGGCCGCCAACCCCUACGGCAGGACCAAGCUUAUCCUGGAGGAUAUGGCGCGUGACUACCACCGCGCGGACCCGGAGUGGAGCAUCGUCCUGCUGCGCUACUUCAACCCCAUCGGCGCGCACAGCUCCGGCGAGAUCGGCGAGGAUCCCAAGGGGAUACCCAACAACCUGCUGCCCUACAUCCAGCAGGUCGCCGUCGGCAGGCUACCCGAGCUCAACGUCUACGGCCACGAUUACCCCACCCGGGACGGCACCGCGAUCAGGGAUUACAUACACGUCGUCGAUCUGGCUGACGGGCAUAUCGCAGCGCUCAACAAGCUCUUCGACGCUCCUGAUAUCGAUACGACGCCGGCGAACCAUUUUGGGCACCACAUCCACAUGUUCACAAAUCACAUCCAGUUGUACUUGACCAUGCUACCUCGACCGUGUCCCUGGACAGGUUGUGUGGCCUACAAUCUGGGCACGGGGCGCGGCACAUCCGUUCUGGAGAUGGUGGCGGCGUUCAAGAAGGCCUCCGGCAAGGAGAUUCCCACCAAGUUGUGCCCCAGGAGACCGGGUGACGCGACGGAGAUUUACGCGUCCACUGAGAAGGCUGAAAGGGAGCUUGGAUGGAGAGCCCAGUAUGGAAUCGAGGAGAUGUGCAGGGACCAGUGGAACUGGGCCAAGAAGAACCCGUAUGGCUACUGCGGCGGUGCCGAAAAAUAG